CUUGGUGUGCCAAAAUCGCUUUCAUCUUUCUUAAAGUUUCAUCUUUGCUUCAAUACUUAUCCUAAUACUUUUUUCCCCAACUGCCCAAAGGACAAAGCUUGUACAGAAAUUAAAAUACCAUGUCCACAAUUCUAUCUCAAUUUCUCCAAAAUUAGCUAUAACAUCACAAUCAUAAAUGUCUGGUUUGUUUCUUGGAAUUCUUUGUAUUACAAAGAGGAGUUUUCAGCUCCGAUCAUUUGAUUCACUUACCCCUUCUGUUUCUUCUAAGAUAGAGCAAAGAAGUAUAGGAAGCCAUGGAUAUAAUGAUGAGAAUCUAGGUGAAAAAGCUAGAGAAGCCAAGCAGAGAUUGGAUCACAGGCUAAGAAGGACUAAAAGUAAAGAAGAAAGAAUUACAGAUGUUGAAAAUGGGCAAGCUGAAUCAAAUACAUUGCAGCAGAAAAAGAUGUUUGGACUGAAGCAAAAUGGGAUAAAGAAAUUUAGCAGGGUAGUAAAGCAAUGGAAGGAUAUAGAAAAGGAUGAAUGCACCAUUUGCUUGGACCAAUUCAAGGUUGGUGAUAACCUAAUGCAUUUGCAAUGUGACCACAAAUUCCAUUCAAGUUGUUUGGUUCCAUGGUUGGAGAAUUAUGCUCAUUGCCCUUGCUGCAGAAUGGAGAUUGUCACUUGAAAAAAUGGAUUAUGCAGAGUUUGUACAUAUGAUGUUUUAAAUGAGAGGAUUGUAUGGAUUGCACAGGGUUUGUAAAUAUGAAGUUUUAAAUAAGAGGAUUGUAUCAUUGGAUCAAGUAGUCCAACCUUUGUGUUUUAAAAGUCAGCGGUUUGAUGGGUAAAAUACACAAAUAGCCACUUUUCAGCCCCUGUAUAUAGCCACUGUCAUGGAAUUUUAACUAUCACAAGUGAAACUUCAGGACGACAUCUUGGAGGUUCGGCCUUGGAAUUUGAAAUUUCAUAAGUGACAAACUCUGCAACAAUCCAUUUUGGACUUCUAGUUACAAGGUUGAAAAGUGGCUAGCAAGUGCUAUUACUACUGGUUUGAUUGCUACAGAAGUGAGAUAUUUUGGACCUCACUAACAUAUUACUAUUAGAUUUAAAAAUUUUGACAUGAAUUCCUUGUAUUAUAGUGUUUUCAGUUAUUUUGGUAUUUUAGCAUUUCCUCCUUCUCUAGGCAUCUAGAUUACAGGUUUGCACUAGGAAGAGGCAGGAAUUUGCACUGGAAAGGAGCGGGAUGGGAGAUCUUGUUACACCAAGCAGUAAUCUAUUUGAAACAACAAAAGGAAUAUAUUCCAAUGGAAAAUGAUACAGUAUCAAAAGAAAUUGCACUAUCAAUAUAGUUUAGUUAUCAUGUUUAUCUGGUUGUAUAUUACUCCCUUCUUUAAUUUA